AUGCCGAACCUUCGACACCACCGCAGACACCACUCCUGGCCCCACUGCGGCUCCGAGCUAUGCAUGCGCGCUCCAUCCAACCUGGAGAUUCGCAACCUCAAACCAAUAUCAAUCACUGAAGCCAACCAACAAUGGGCCUUUCAACAGUCCACGGUCGUCCCUCUCAUCGCGGAAGAAGAGCCCGGUACCGAUGAUGCCGAGAUGGCAGGAAUAGUCAGGACACCGUCACGAAGCGUGCACCGUCUCUGGUCCCGCCCUAUACAAAAGCCGCGAUGCGACGAUAUCCCAAAUUCUGCUUCAGCAGCUGAAGCACGGAAGCAUGUUCAUCGCAGCGUGCUUCGGCGGCUGAUUCGUCGACCGCCGCUCGAUAAAACCCGAUCGUUAUUUGUCAUGCCGACAAUGAUGAACGCGGGAGAUCAGGUUAUGAUUUCGGGUUGGAUGCCUCCCAGGUUGUCGGCGAGGCCGGUUAUGGUGACCGAGAGAAGGAGCACAAUUUCAGUGAUGGAUUCACCGCAAUUUGUUACUGAAAAGAGACACAGGAGGUCGCAUUCUGCGCAGCCGCGGUCGUGGAGGGAGCCGAGCGCGAGUCUUUUUAGUUUGAAGGAGGAAUGA